AUGCUUGAUACAAAGUUUUGGUAUCAGUUUAGGAUUUAUUUGAAUUCUAGAUCUCUUAAUAAAGAUGAGUUACUUCAAAUGGAAGUUCAAAAGUUUGUAAGGGAGGCUGCUGAAAUUGUGAUCUUAGUCAUAGAUGAGGAAGAUGUCGAAUCUCUUAUAUCUGAGCUUGUUAUAGCUGUCAAUGAUAGUCAAGUAUUUCAUGUUCUGUUAUUGACUUCAAGCGUAUAA